AGGGCGACACUGGUACUGACUUGUGUUUGUCGAUUAGAAUAUAAUAAUAUUAUAUUGAAUUGACGAUUUUUGCGAGCGAAGGCCAACUAGCUGUGGUCGUGCGUGUUUAUAAACUUUAAGAAAACAAAGGCAAUUUAUUAGUCAUAACCGAGGAAUAGGAUAGAGUAGACUCUACACUGUAGACUGUAGUACAGCUGAAAUAGUUAAAAACUAACUUGCUUAAUUGGUAUUCUGAGAUUUUAGUUUUACAAGGUGCGACAAAAUAAAAAUGAGAAGAUUAAUAAUACUAUUGUUUCUCCAUGUUUGCACUGCUUGGUUCCCAAAUGAGCGUUCUGCACCUAAAUAUACGUGUACAUAUUGCCAGCCCGAACAGAUACACAUAGCAUUUGGUGAAAAAACCAAUGACAUAGUGGUAACAUGGUCGACGUUCAACGACACGCAGGAGUCCCGGGUUCAAUAUGGCCAGGGCAUUAUGGACAAGGAGGCGGUCGGCUCGGCCAAGCUCUUUAUCGACGGCGGUAAAGAACAACGCUCCCAGUGGAUUCAUAAUGUGGUGCUGAAAGAUCUCAAGUUUAACACUAAGUAUGUGUACCACGCGGGUUCAGUGUACGGCUGGUCUGAGAUGUUCUCGUUCAAGACGCCGCCAGCUGGUGAGAACUGGGUGCUGCGCGCUGCCAUCUACGGCGACAUGGGCAGCGAGAAUGCACACUCGCUGUCGUAUCUGCAAGACGAGGCGCAGCGUGGCCACUUCGACGUGUUGCUGCACGUGGGCGACUUCGCGUACGACAUGGACUCGGAGGAGGCUCGCGUGGGAGACCAGUUCAUGCGCCAGAUCCAGCCGCUCGCAGCCUCCCUGCCGUACAUGACCUGCCCCGGCAACCACGAGGAGAAGUACAACUUCAGUAACUACGCGAGUCGGUUCAGCAUGCCGGGCCGCGACUCGAGCCUGUACUACAGCUUCGACCUCGGCCCCGUGCACUUCGUCUCCAUCUCCACCGAGGUCUACUACUUCACCAAGUACGGCCUCAAGCUCAUCUUCAACCAGUACGAGUGGCUCAAGAAAGAUCUGGCUAAGGCUAGCCUGCCGGAGAACAGAGCGAAGCGUCCGUGGAUCGUGCUGUACGGCCACCGGCCGAUGUACUGCAGCAACUCCAACGACAUCGACUGCAGCUUCGAGUACACGCGCGUCGGACUCUUCGGCAUCUUCGGCGGUCUGGAGCCGCUGCUGGCCGCGUACGGCGUGGACGUGGUGAUCUGGGCUCACGAACACUCGUACGAACGCACGUGGCCGCUCUACGACAACCAGGUCUACAACGGCUCCGUGGAACAGCCCUACGUCAACCCUGGGGCGCCGGUACAUUUGAUCACCGGGUCCGCCGGCUGCAAGGAGGGCGUGGACCCCUUCGAGAGGUCACACUACGCGUGGUCCGCGUUCCGUUCCAGCGACUACGGGUACACGCGCUUCAAGGCCUACAACAAAACGCACGUGCACUUCGAACAGGUGAGCGUGGAUCUGAAAGCGAAAGUGAUCGACUCGUUCUGGAUCGUGAAGGACAAACACAAAGCGUACGAUGUGUAACCAUCGCAUCUAGAACGAAUGUUAUAUACACAUCGCAGGAGUAACGUUAUUGACAAAGCAAUUGUGAUAUUAUUAUUGUCUCAAAAUUUUCCCAAUUGUAAUUUUAGAUUUUAGUCAAUUUAUAAUACAUAUCAAACUUGGAGGUAUACGUAUUAGAAUACGAUAAUAAUAUGUAUUCGCGAAAAAUAUUUUUUGUUGCAAUAUAUUUUGUAAAGUUCUUAGAAUAAAAGUAGUAGAUAAUUAA